AUAUCAACUUCUUUACUGAGAGUGCAAAUUGCAAGUGCCCACGAGGUUUUGUGAGCGGCGACAAUCAUCAUAACCGGCCGCUGGAGUGAUUAUUUCAAAAUAGUGCAAAGAUGCCAUCCAGCAAUCCCCUGCCACCUAAGGAAAAUGCUCUUUUCAAGAGAAUCCUGAAAUGUUAUGAGCACAAACAGUACAAAAAUGGACUCAAAUUUGCCAAGCAAAUCCUGUCAAACCCAAAGUACUGUGAACAUGGGGAGACUUUAGCGAUGAAAGGUCUCACUCUCAAUUGCUUAGGACGCAAAGAAGAGGCUUAUGAACAUGUUCGCAGAGGACUUAGAAAUGACUUGCAAUCCCAUGUAUGCUGGCAUGUCUAUGGGCUUUUGCAAAGAUCUGAUAAAAAGUAUGAUGAAGCUAUCAAAUGUUACCGCAAUGCUCUCAAAUGGGAUAAAGAUAACAUUCAGAUUCUUAGAGAUCUGUCAUUACUACAAAUCCAAAUGCGAGAUCUUGAAGGCUACAAGGAUACUCGUUAUCAUUUGUUCAUGUUGCGACCAACCCAAAGAGCAUCUUGGAUAGGAUUUGCAAUUUCGUAUCAUCUUUUGAAAGAUCAUGAAAUGGCUUUGAAAAUAUUGGAUACAUUCAGAGAUUCUCCAAUGGUAUUCUACGAUUAUGAACAUAGUGAACUUUUGCUUUAUCAAAAUAUGCUUAUUCAAGAAUCUGGAGAUAGUGAACAAGCCUUAAAACACCUUGACGAAAAUAUUGAUAAAAUAUGUGACAAGAUCACCGUCAAAGAAACAUACGGUAAAUUAAGACUUGAAUUAGCUCAAUAUGCUGAAGCCAGCAAGGUUUAUGAACAAUUACUUCACAUAAAUCCUGAGAACAAGAUGUAUUACAUGAAAUUAGCUGAAGCAGAAAUGCAUACAACACCAGAAGAUACAUUGGCAAUGUUAGAGCAUUAUGAACAUGAAUAUCCUAGAGCUUUAGCUCCAAAAAGAUUGCAAUUAAACUAUGCUACUGGAGACAAAUUCAAGCAAUUGGUUGAUCGUUAUUUACGCAAAGGACUUCAUAAAGGAGUACCACCCUUAUUUGUUGAUCUUCGUUCUUUGUACAAGGAUCAAGAAAAAGUCAAUAUUAUAGAAUCAUUAGUGUUAGGGUACAAAGACGCAUUAAAAGCCCAUGACCACUUUAGCGAUGAAGACAAAGAUAAGCCCAGAGAGCCUGCGUCAGCUCUAUUGUGGACUUACUAUUUCCUUGCUCAACACUAUGAUUAUUUAGGGCUUACACAAAAAGCUCUUGACGAAAUAGAUGUAGCUAUAUAUCACACUCCAACAUUAAUAGAAUUAUUCGUCACUAAAGGACGCAUUUAUAAGCAUGGUGGCGAUGUGCAAGAAGCAUAUAAAUGGUUAGAUGAAGCCCAGGGAUUGGACACUGCUGAUCGUUAUAUUAAUUCAAAGUGUGCCAAAUACAUGCUCAGAGCCAACUUGAUCAAGGAAGCAGAGGAAACUUGUAGCAAAUUUACAAGGGAGGGAGUACAAGCAAUGGAAAAUUUGAACGAAAUGCAAUGCAUGUGGAUUCAAACAGAAGCUGCUUAUGCUUAUAAACGCUUGGGAAAAUAUGGCGAAGCAUUGAAAAAAUGCCAUGAAGUUGAUAGGCAUUUUUCGGAAAUCAUCGAGGAUCAAUUUGACUUCCAUACUUACUGUAUGCGCAAAAUGACUUUGCGUUCUUACGUUGGUCUUCUAAGGCUAGAAGACGUUCUACGGUCACAUCCGUUUUACUUCAAAGCCGCGAAGUGUGCAAUAGAAGUUUAUAUAAGACUACAUGAUCAUCCAUUACCAGAUCCCACACAAACUCAAGAAAUUGACACUGAAAACUUGGCUCCGUCGGAACUGAAGAAGUUGAGAAACAAACAACGAAAGCAGCGAAGGAAGGCUGAACUCGAAAAGCAGCAAGCGGCACAAGCCCAGGAAAAACGAGAACAGCACAAUAAAUCGCGGCAGCAGGCCGAUCCUGACCUGGAGCAGCCCACCCUCGACGAGCUCAUCCCAGAAAAAUUGGAGCGGGUUGAGGACCCUCUAGAGCAGGCCAUCAAAUUCCUUCUUCCACUACAGGAGUUGGCCAGCGAGAAGAUAGAAACACAUCUCAUGGCUUUUGAGAUUUACAUCCGUAAAGGCAAAACACUGUUGAUGCUGCGCUCUAUCAAACGCGCUCACAAGCUCGACCCGAACAACGCCAAGCUGCACAGCUGCCUGGUGCGUUUCUUGCGCCACGUCGAGACGCACGCCAAUCUACCCCUGGACGGCGUCGUCGCCAAGGUGGUGCACCAUCAGUCGACCGACAUCUUCUUGGGCUGCAACGCCGCCAAGCUCAACGCCGACUUCCUCGAGCGGCACGGAAAGUCGCUGGCCCACAGGCUGGAGGCCGCGCGCAUGCUCUACUUGCUGGAUUCCAAAGCGCAGAAGCGCGCCCUCGAGCUGGUCACCGACCUCGACGCUCCGGGCUUGAAGGCGGUCAACCUCGCUAACUGCACGGCGGUCCUCGAGGCUCUCGAGGCCGGCGAUUUCGGGUCCUGCGAACAGAACCUAGCCGACUUCAAGACCGAGUGCCACCGGCGCUUCCCCUACGCUACGGCCUUCCGGCCGCUCGAGGCUAAGCAAGCCGUCGCUCAGUCGCAGAUUCUCUUCAACCAUCAGGAGAUCAAAGAGCCUCAGCAGCCUCAAGCCGAGAAUUGAUGAAGCCCGCGGAACCUCGUUCCCGUGCGUGGUCUCGUUGGCACCUCGCGUUCCAACUAGGCCACACGUCAUAGCUCCAUCCCUAUCAUACUUAUUUCUCCUCAAUUCUUUUCUUAUCCCCUUGUAACUCGCCUUAAUCAGCCCUCGUUAAUUUCACCCUCGCUCUGUCGUAUCACCUCUGGUCCGCAUCUUGGCCGUGCUCUACGCGCGAAUCUGUGAUUUUUUUUUCAUGCAAAGAUACCUUGUUGUCUGGUAGAAGAAAUUUUCAUGUACGCGCUACAAAAACACAAGUACUUCGGAGCACGACACAAGUUUAAUGUCCAUUAACGUUUCAUUCCGUAUAAAUACGAUAGUAGUUUCUACUUGAAACAAAUACAUGCGUAAAGUGCUCGCAACUUAGUGAAUCUUAUUAGAAUGACAUCGCACUCUGAUCGCUCGGAUUGUCAGUAGCUUUUAUGGACGGCGAUGCUUGAACCAUGUCAUGAUUGAAGGCGGGUGAUUAAAACAGAUGCUAUAACAACUGUCACGCUUAUCGAGUCGAACUUCUGGUCAUCAGCAUUCCAAACAGUACCUGCUGAUGCGGCAAUCCUAGAUGGCUCGGAAGAUUCGCAAUAAACAUGGGCUUUGAAUUUUUAGGAUGAAUAUUAAGAAAUGACAGAAGAACAAUGUGGUUUUGUGUACAGGGUGCGUUGUGUAUAAAUUUUUCAAAAAUGAGUAGGAAAUGUUGAUUGUAUUGGUGCAAAUGAAACUCAAAGCUUAGAACAAGAAUUCAUUGUAUACUGCUGGUAUUGUACCAAUCGAGUGCUUGAUUACGUUCUAAUUGUUUUAUAUUUUUUGCUUUUGUCUCUAACUUUUAUAUUUUUAUUACAUCUUUUUUUUAGCAUGAAAAUGUUUACCUGUUACUUUAAGUAGCAGGUAUCUGUUGUGCUAUAAAAGUUUUUGACAAAUGAAUUAUGCUCAUCAAAUUAACUAUUAGAUCUAUUCACUCAUAAUGUAAAAUAUUAUGUUAUAAAUAAGAAAUGUAUGAUUUGCUCAUUCUGUACAAUAUCUACCUUACAAUGAAAUUAGAUAAAAGAUUCAUCAAAAUAUAUAUCUUCUUGAGGGUCUUAAAAAACUACUAAGUAGAGCAUCGAAAGAAUGCAAACUUUUCCAACUGUGAGCGGGAAUAACAAUAAUCAAUUGAAUCUUAUUUGAUUGCAAACUUGGUGUGAAUAAUCUUUUUACAUAAGAAUAUAUAUACAUAAAAUAUAUAUACUUAAGCAGAUUAAUAAAAAGUCUGAUUCAUAGAUAGAAUAAGAUACCACUUAUUCUUCUGUCUGACAAAAAUCGUAUUGUAAAACUUGAUUUGUAAUUUCUUGAGAUCUAGUUUAAGUUGUUUGCAUAUAGAAUAUUUGCCAAACAUGUUCUUCAUGUUUGAGAUUACAGAAAUACAAUCAACCAUCUGUAAACCAAAUAAGUGGAAAUUUUAAUAAAAACAUAAGACUAGA